AAAAAAGUAAAUUUAAAAUGUUAAUUGAAUAAGGAGAACCUAAGAUUAUAGUAGCUGUUCGUAAGAGACCAUUGAAUAAGAAGGAGAUGAAUAAGGGGGAUGUUGAUAUAGUGGAUGUUUAAAAUUAAUAAAGUUAAGUUAUAGUGAAAGAAUAGAGGUAUUGAUUAUUUGAUGAUGAAUUUAGAAUGAAAGUAGAUUUAACAAAAUACAUAGAGGAGCAUUAAUUUAAUUUUGAUGCUGCAUUUGAUGAAAACACAACAAAUGAACAAUUAUAUUUACAAAUAGUGAGACCAAUAGUUGAAGCAGCAUUUAAUAAGGCAAAAGUGACAUGUUUUGCAUAUGGAUAAACAGGAUCUGGUAAGACAUAUACAAUGCUUGGAGAUUAUUAAGAGAGAGUACCUGGUUUAUAUUUAUUGGCAGCAUAUGACAUUUUUUGUUUAUUAAACAAUGAAUGUUAUGGACAUUUGUAAAUAUCUAUAUCUUUCUAUGAAAUAUAUUGUGGAAAAUUGUUUGAUUUAUUAAAUGAACGUACAUUAUUGCAUGCAAGAGAGGAUGCAAAAGGAAAUGUGAAUGUAGUAGGUUUAUAAGAGAGAAAAGUAUAAUCUGUAGAAUAAUUGAUGAAAGUAAUAGAAUAAGGUAGUGCUUCAAGAAUUACAGCAUCAAAUUCAUCUAAUAAUGAUUCAUCUAGAUCGCAUGCUAUUUUAUAGAUAACAUUAAAAGAUGGUAAUAAAUGUCAUGGCAAAUUAUCAUUUAUUGAUUUAGCAGGUAGUGAAAGAGGUGCAGAUGUAAGUGAUACAAAUAAAUAAACUAGAUUUGAUGGAGCUGAAAUUAAUAAAUCAUUAUUAGCAUUAAAAGAAUGUAUAAGAGCAUUAGAUUUAAAUAAAAAUCAUACUCCAUUUAGAGGAUCUAAAUUAACAUUAGUAUUAAAGGAUUCUUUUGUUGGUAAUUGUAAAACUGUUAUGAUUGGUAAUUUCUCACCUUCUAAUUCAUCAUCUGAACAUACUUUAAAUACAUUAAGAUAUGCAGAUAGAGUUAAAGAAUUAAAAAAACCUAAUGAUAAAGAUUUAAAAGAUUAAGUUACCUCUUUAGAUAAACUUGCUAGAGAAUUAAUGUUACCAAGAUAAUAAUAAUAACCAUCAUUAAAAAAGUAAGUUUAAGUUUAAUAAUCUUUUAAUCCAUUUAAGAAUAAUCCAUUAUAAAAUUAUUAGAAUUAAAAUUUAUUUUAAUAAUAACAAUAAUAAUAACAAUAACCCUAAUUUUUAAAUCUUCAAAAUUCUAUACCAGGAAUGUUGAUCCCAUAAUCAUAAUAAUCAAAUUAAUAUUCAUUUUAAAAUUAUAUAUAACCUCCUCCACCUCAACCUUAACCAAUGAUUCCUUUAUAAUAAUAAUAACAACCAUAAUUUAAAAUUAGCGAAACUAAGAUUAAAAAUUCAUCUUAAAAGCCAAUUCCAAAUGAGCCUCGUCCUUAUAUGAAUGAGAAUUUAUUUCCAGGACCAAUUGAACGUAAAUCAAGUAUGAGUACUAAAUUGAUUUGUAGAAGUUAAUUAAUCGAUGGAAGAAGAUUUAAUGAAAAUUGGAUAAAAACAUGAAUAGUUAAUAAGUGUAAUUUUAGAGGAAGAAGAAAAUUUAAUAUCAAAUCAUCGAUCCCAUAUAGAUUAGAUGGUUGAAUUAGUUAAAUAAGUAACAUUUUAAUUGAAUGUAGGAAAUGAUGUUAUUACACAAUAUUGAUAAACCUGGUUCUGAUGUAGAUGAAUAUGUUAAAGGAUUAGAUUAAAUAUUAUUAACAAAAAUGGAGGAAAUUUAAACGUAAAUAUAUAUAUAUAUAAUUUAUAGUUUAUAAUUGUAAUUGUAAACAUUCAGAUCACAUUUAUCAGAAGAAGAAACUCUAUAAAAACAAUUUUAUUAACAUAGAUAAUAAAUGACAUAACAAGAAUCAGAUGGUUCUGAUAUUUUUAAAUGA